AUGAUGCAGCGGACUUUGUUCAGCCGGAGGAGCGGGCUCCUGGCCCAGCAGGCGGCCGCGGCCCUCGACGGCCCCCUCACGCAGCGCAUGGACCACCGCUCCAUGUCGUCCGUCACCAUCCCCCCGCCGGCGUGCAUGCUGCGGCCACUGGAGGCGCCUCUACGCUACUUGUUUGGACCGGGACCCUCCAACGUCCCCCCGCGUGUCCUGGCUGCGGGGGCCAAGCCGAUAAUUGGUCACCUGCAUCCAGAAAUGUAUGAGAUCAUGAACGACAUAAAGAAGGGGAUUCAGUACGCCUUUCAGACAGAGAACAACAUGACAAUAUCCAUGAGCGGCUCGGGGCACGCAGCAAUGGAGUGUGCAGUAUUUAACACGGUGGAGCCCGGGGAGAGCGUCCUCAUCGCCAACAAUGGCAUCUGGGGGGAGCGUGUUGCAGAAAUUGCAGAGAGAAUGGGUGCUAAUGUACAUAGACUUGAGAAAACACCAGGGAAUUAUUUUAGCAACAAGGAGAUUGAACAGGCUAUAAAGAAACACAAGCCGGUGCUUUUCUUCCUAACACACGGAGAGUCAUCUGCGGGUUUGUGCCACCCAAUCGACGGCAUUGGUGACAUCUGCAGAAAACACGGCUGCCUCUUCCUGGUGGACACUGUUGCAUCACUUGGGGCUGCGCCCAUUUUUAUGGAUCAGCAAAACAUUGACAUCCUGUACUCGGGUUCUCAGAAGGCAUUGAACGCACCGCCUGGCACGGCUCCUAUCUCUUUUAAUGACAGAGCAUGCCACAAAAUGUUUAACAGAAAAACAAAACCAGUCUCGUACCUCUUUGACAUGACACACUUGUCCAACUACUGGGGCUGUGAUGGCAAACCAGCCAGAAUGUACCACCACACUGGCCCAGUAUCGGGUUUCUUUGCCUUGAGAGAGAGUCUGGCUAUUCUGGCUGAAAGGGGUCUGGAGGAGUCUUGGAGGAAACACAAAGAGGUGGCAGCCUACCUGUACAGAGGACUUGAAGAUUUGGGUCUCAAACUCUUCAUUUCUGAUAAGGAUUUGAGACUUCCCUCCGUUACCACCAUUGCCAUCCCUGAAGGCUACGAUUGGAGGGAGUUGCUGGUGUACAUCAUGAAGAAUCACCAGAUGGAGAUGACUGGAGGCCUUGGGCCUUCCAUUGGCAUGGUGAUGAGGAUCGGACUGAUGGGCUACAACUGUGAGAAGAGUAAUGCUGACAUGGCGCUACACGGCUUGGCGGAUGCGCUGAAAAAAUGUAAAAAAAGCAAGGCUUAAAAAGGAGAACAGUCUCAGAGACCUUGAUGACCGACCAAGGACAAA